CGGGACAAUAGCAAGCGAUUGUUCUUCUUAAACGGAAGCUACACUUCAUCAAAAAUUCAGUUUCUUGCCCUCCCUCCCCCAUGACCACCGUCGAACGAUACCGCCCUCCGCAUCAUUUCCACUCAGAUGCGCCUUCAAAUGAUCGACGACCACAUUCCUCUGCCAACCCCAUAACCAAGGACAUUCCACCAGCUGUACCUUCACCACCGCGACUCUUUACUCGAACCUCUCCUCCUCGCAGACCACAGGUCCCACCGAUACCAUCUCCCAUAUCCAAAAUGGCAGACGACGAAUCAAGCCAAUGGAUUUUCACCGAUGAAGAGAUGCUCAGCACACCCUCGAUUCUCGACGGCAUCACACCUGUCGAAGAGCGCUGCCGCCGGGCGAAAGGCGUGAACUUCAUCACACAGGCCGGCAUACUGCUCAAAUUACCACAGCUGACUCUCGCAGUCGCAAGCACCUUUUUUCAACGAUUCUAUAUGCGCCGGAGUCUGGUCCCAGAAAGAGGCGGCAUACACCAAUACCUGCCGCGCUCCCAAUCCCAUAAACAGCUCAAAUCCAAAGAAGGAUCACUAACGCUCACUCCGGAACAGUCCAUAGCAGCUACUGCUCUCUUCCUCGCAACAAAGACGGAAGAAAAUUGUCGCAAAACCAAAGAGAUUGUCAUCGCAGUUGCCAAGGUCGCACAGAAGAACGCCUCUCUCAUCAUCGAUGAACAAUCCAAAGAAUAUUGGCGAUGGCGGGAUAGCAUACUUCUAUAUGAGGAGACGAUGUUGGAGGAGCUCACUUUCGAUCUCGUCCUCAAGUCACCUUACACAGUCCUCUACAUAUUUCUACAACAGCUGAAUCUUGGAGAGAAUAAGCUUGUACGGAAUGUUGCGUGGGCCUUUUUGAACGACAGCUGUAUGACCACGCUCUCUCUGACACAGACAGCCAAAGACAUCGCAGUUGCAGCAGUCUACUUCGCACUCAAGUUCCAGAACGAGUCCAUACCAGAUGACGAAUAUGGAACGGCAUGGUGGGAAACACUAGGUGGCAACCCGGAGAUCAUCACGAAAGCAGUUGAUGUCUUGACGACAUUCUGGUCAGAGAAUCCGCUGAGCAGAAAGGACAUCCCAUAUGCAGAGAAUCCUGUCUCCGGUGAUGAUCUGGAGCAGACUCGGAGGAGAGAAUCUGAUGGCUCAAGCACGAGUGUUGCAUCACAGAAUGGCGAUGCGAAGCGGAGUCCGGAGCAGAAACCAACUCCUGAUGAGAAGCCGAGCCCAGAGGACAAGUCAAGACCAGACACGAAACUAAGUCCCGAAGACCAGCCAGGCACAGAAGCAAAACCAAGUCCGAAGAGAAAGUUAGAAGAGGCGGAAAUCGAGGAAGGGGAGGAGCCAGAACCCGAAACAAAGAGGGCCAAGACUCAGGAGUCAACCCAGUCCCAGACACAAUGA